AGAGUCAACCAAUCAGCUUGCGUAUUGCUGGCCAGCGCACCGGUUCGCCGGUCGGUUUGCAGCUGGGAAAAAGGGGGAAGCAAGUAGCGAAGGGCAGCAUCGGCGGUGCGGUGCUAUGGACCUCAGGGACAAUGUCGAGACAGGGGAGACGGAAAACCACACCGAGCUGUUCUACGUGCCGAUUCCAGACGAAGAGCCGUGCAAGAGGGAGCAGGAGAAGCUGUCAGGGGUCGUCAAAAACGUCCACAGAAAACUGCGCAGGAAAUACAGAGAGGUGGGCGACUUUGACAAGAUCUGGCGUGAGCACUGUGAAGAUGAGCAGACGCUGAGUGAGUACGCCCUCGCCAUGAAGAAUCUCGCCGACAACCACUGGACCAAAAACUGCGAAGGAGAGGGACGCAUCGAGUGGUGUCGCAGUGUCUGUCAAGAAUAUUAUUUGGAUGGCGGGAUGAAAAGAAUGUUAGAAAAGGAUCAGAAAAGUGCCAUCCUUGCCAUGGGUCUGACUGCAGCAUCUGUAAGUGCCCAACCGUACAGCUCCAUGCCCAGUUCUAUCUCUCAGCUGGGGAAAAUGCGCCUUCUUGACGUGGGAAGCUGCUUCAACCCUUUCCUGAAGUUUGAUGAAUUCCUUACAGUUGGUAUUGACAUCGUGCCUGCAGUGGAGAGUGUGUACAAGUGCGACUUCCUCAACCUUCAGCUCCAGCAGCCUCUCCAGCUGGCAAGUGAUGCGGUAGAGGCCUUCCUCCGCCAGCUCCACAACCCCAUCGACUCGCUGCCUGCCCAGCUUUUCCACGUGGUGGUCUUCUCCCUGCUCCUGUCCUACUUCCCCUCACCUUACCAGCGCUGGAUCUGCUGUAAGAAGGCCCAUGAGCUGCUGGACCUGAACGGCCUGCUGCUCAUCAUCACGCCCGACUCCUCCCACCAAAACCGCCAUGCCCUUAUGAUGCGAAGCUGGCGCGUCGCAGUGGAGUCCCUGGGCUUCAAGCGCUACAAAUACAUCAAGUAUUCCCACAUGCAUCUCAUCGCCUUCCGUAAGGUGUGUCUGGCCACCACCAGCGACCUGGUGUCACGCAACUACCCCGAGAUGCUCUACAUCCCUCAGGACUUCCACUCCAACGAGGAGGAAGAGUGUGCCGACGUGCACGUGCAGGUGCGCUCCGAGUUCGAGGAUGACCAGGUGGCUUGGAGCUUCACGGAGCUACCUGACACGCCCUACGAUUCAGAUUCCGGGGAGAGCCAGAGCGGCUCGGUGCCCGGCUUCCACGAGCUAGAAGACCCCAUUCUGCUUCAGAGCUAGGCUGCACCAGCUGCCCCCCCCCUCUCCUUUUCUCUACGUAACUGUCACCUCCCCUUCAACUGCUGCACUGCCAAAAUUAACCUGCUGCAAUCUUCUCCCACUUCUCCCUCUCCUCGAAACAAUGCAGUUUGCACAGUGUAAAAGAGAGAAGUUUACAGAUUAUUUUCUCAUAUCCACACUCCUGUGAGUAGACACGCAUACACGCACACGUAUACGCACACACACACACACACACACACACUAAGAUGGAUAUAUUUUGAUAAAUAUCUAGGUUUUUUAAGAGUUGGAAAGUGAUUGCCCUUAAGAUAUCUAAACUCCCCGCUCCUUGAUUUCCAUACCAACUUUCAAUCAGCUUUCAAUAACAAAAGUCAGCUUGUAUACAUUCUGUACUCGGUCUCUAUUCGAAUAAGCUCGUGUGGCAGGCUGCUUACUGCAGACAAAUAAAGCAACCCCAGCAGUCUGACGGGCGUUUGAUUGCACUGGAGAGACUGAGAUUGAACGACUGGACUGGUACGCUUGCUUCUGUCAGUCAUGCAGCUAGAGUCUCUGAGAAUCCUUGAUGUGCAUUUAGUUUUACAAAAAAAAAAAAAAAAAAAAAGUUCAUUGUUUUGAGAGAGAAAUACAUUUAUUUCUCUCUCAAGUCAAAACAUGGGUGUUGUCCAGUGUAAAGUGUGGCAAUGCCAUUUUAACUUGGCGUCCUCUGAAUGACUUGUGUAUCUUUUACAAGAAAGUGGUAUUUGUAGCAUUUUAAACAUUUCUCAGAACCAUACGGUAGGAGUAUUACUAGGUUUACUAAUGUGAAACUGUAACUGUGUUUACUCAUUGUGUAACAAGGUACGAGUGUUUCCGAGUAGAUAUUAGACUUUUUUUUCCUUCUCUCGUUGUCCUCACAAAUAUUAGAAACGAUCUCCUGUUAGAUUUCCAAUGCGUUUUUGUUCUCUAGCAGAGAAAUGGUACAACACUGCAAGUCUGAGACUCAUAUCAAAUGGACUGCAAAGCACCAGUAUCCUUUGACACGAUUGUGUAACUUUGAUGUGAAACUAUAGUGAGUACUCUGCCUCCAAAAAACAUCCCGAUCUGAGCUCCUCACUGAAAAUUCACCUUGAUAGAAGAGAUUUGCACUAAUUUACUAUUUUUGACAUACAUAACCUCUGAACCAGGUGAGAAACUGUAGUUGUUAGCAAUAGCAAGCAAGACCAGAUCUGAAGAUGCUGUGUCCGACCGACGCGCGGAGAUUUUAGCUAAAGAUACUACCUGAUGAAAUGUUAGUGUGUGUUCCUGCCUGUCCCUGAAUGUGUGUGGGUGUGGUCGUGUGUCAGUAUGAAUGAAGGAAUGAAUUUACGUAGAUGUGUUCUCGUCAGUGGCACUUUAUCGUUGAUCCAAAGGGUGUCACAAAAUGUAAUUAUUUUCCUAUGAUGACAGUUUUACAACCAACAUGAUGGGCCCAAAACAAUAAUACCAGUAAGUCUAAGGUGCCUUCUUUGUUCCCAUUUACUGUAUGUUGCAAGCAGACUUUCAUACCCCUGGAGAAAAUGAAACGCAUACCUAUUUUUUUUUUCUUCUUUCUUUUUAACAAAAAGAUAUCUUUGGCCAAACGGUACAUAUAAACUGCCUUGUUCUCUUUUGUCAUAUUAUUGGAUAACAAGAAACAUUUCCAGUGUUGAUGUAAUGCAGUGUGUUGUUGCCAUUUCCUUAUCAUUUUCCAGCUAAUGCACAUCUCUCUGCUGAUAUCUUCUCUGUUUUAACACGAAAAAGAAACAUUUCACAGUACCACACAUAUUCAGACUUUGAAGUUUUGUGAUCAACUGGUGCAUUUGUCUUCCAAUGUCUCGUUUGGCCCAUUUGCAUGAUUUGUUUCGUCUUCAUUAUCAACAAUGCAGAACAAUGUGUGCUUAUAGUAUGGUUGUAUUUCUCUUUUAUAAAUGAAUGUAAAUGUAAA